AUGGCUUUCGCGAUGGAAGACAAUGGCAGAUGGAGCAAAGUAAGGCCAAUCACCACGCAUAGAGUAGCCCUUAUUCGAUUGAAGCCGUCGCAGAAAGCUGGCGCGCAGCAUUGCAACGCAAUGUGCAGUUUUAUCUGUAUCGUCAGCACAAACCAACAUCUUCAUCCUUCAGCAACAGCUAGCGCGUGCCUCCCGCAUCCAUGGUUCAAAGUCCCAACCCGAUCCGAUCAUUCUUCAGCAGUUCGUCGGAAAGGAGCACGAUCGGGUCCGUGACAUGCUGCCCGGACCAUCUGUCACGGUGGAAGGAGGCUGA